UCCAACAGUGCGGAUGCGUGUGGCACCUCCACCUCACAGUGACGUACAGUUCGUCGUAAAUAGUAGUAGCAGGCAGGCAGUAGGAACAGCGCACCGACCGGGUGUUACUGCGGGCUGUUUGAUUGUGUGUUGUGUGUGAUUGUGAAAAGCGCGUGAUGUGUGCAUAAUUUGCAAAAAAAACGGAAAAGAAGCAUUUUAUAAAGCGAAAAGAAUUUAAUAAUUUGAAAAAUACUCUCCGCGCGGGGGCGCCAGUUCGAGUGAAGUGAAAAACACACCAAAAAUCAAGGGGUAUCAAUCGGUUUUGCUCCAAGGCACAUUGCGCAUCGUAUGUGGCGUGUUUGUCUGUUCCACAUUCCGUCUUGCAAGUGGGCCGUGCCGUUCUGAGCCUCCCCAAAGAAAUGCUUUGAACGUGCCAAAACCAUAGCAAAAGAAAGCAAGCAUUUUGGGUUUCGAGAUGUGAUGUGGUGUGUUGUGGGGUACCUUUCUUUGUACAAUUUCUUCAUAAACAAAUUGUGAUCCAGUUGCUGUGUGCGUGCGUGUGUGUGUGUCCCCUGUUUUUGCCAAGUGUCAAACACUGCUCGGUGCACACACGGGUGGUGGUGCACAGAGGACAAAAUUGCGGCAAACGACGAGCAACGACGGCCGCCGCACAAGCUACGCAGGUGUCGCCGUGUCAGCAGCAGCAGCAGCAGCAGCAGCAGCAACGGCAGCAGCGCCACCGCCGUCGCACACUGUGAUAUGUUAUUGUUACCGUCCAACUCGAGCCACCUCAGUGAACCGCAGACCGCCACCAGCAUGGUCCUGUCGAAGGUGCGGUCCUGGGCCCGGGAGCAGCGCGACCACCGGUCCGACCACCGGGAGGACAACAACAACCAUUCCGCCAAACGGGAGCUGCUGCGUACGCCGUCCCCUACGCAACGAUAUCUAAGCAUAAAAACACCAAAAUCACCAACUCCGCCCCGUUCGCAUGACGACAUUGACAGCGACCGUGACGAUGGCAGCGACCGCGAGCACCUCAGCAGCCCUAUUCCAAACGAGCGUCCGGAGCGAACCACGCCACUCAAUCUAAUCACAGAUUCAUCGCGACGGACACCCUCACCACCCGCCUCCAGUGCCGUGCCGGGCGGUGGGCUGGGAGUCGCCCUGGCCGCCCUACAGAACCAUCUGCCCCUCAGCUCACUGUUCCUGCAGAACCAGCUCGGGCUCGGUGGACUGGCCGGCCUUUCCGGACAAGACAUCGGCAUGCUCCAGCAGGCCCUGCAAGCCCAGCAAGCAUCCCUCCAGCAGCAGCUCCAGCAGUACAUGCUGCUGCAGGUACAGGGAGGAGCAGCGAGUGCGAACGGGAAUGCUGCAGCCGCGGCCACGGCUCAAGCGCAGGCCGCCGCUCAGUUUCUCAUGCAGAAUCAGCUAAAUCUAAGCUUUUCCCCAACGCCCGGCACGGAUUGUGCCACCAAGCAGCCCACCAGCAAUGGGAGUGCCGCCGUCAUCGUCAGCGAGGGACAGACCGUUUCUCGAACUUCGAUGCAGGUCCAGCAGGCCGUUGCCCAGCUGCAGGCCCUCCAGAAGCAGCAGCAGCUGAAACCGACCAGCUCCACGCCGACACCGGGCGCCACCGCCACCAGCUCUCCACUGCACAGUCCCUCCGGCAGCCCGGGACUCCAUCACCACUCAACCCAGACGGGCGCCAUGCUCGGUGCAAGCCAAACGACACCGCCGAACGUAAGCCAGCUAAACGUGGGCGGCAUACUAACCCCCUCCACGCCCGGCUCCGGUGCGCACACACCCCAGCUGCAGAAGCAUUCCGCCGCGCCACGUGCCCUCGAACCGUCGCCCGAAGAAACGACUGACCUGGAGGAGCUGGAACAGUUCGCCAAAACGUUCAAGCAGCGCCGGAUAAAGCUCGGCUUCACGCAGGGCGAUGUGGGGCUGGCGAUGGGCAAGCUGUACGGAAAUGACUUCUCGCAAACCACCAUCUCCCGGUUCGAGGCCCUCAACCUGAGCUUCAAGAACAUGUGCAAGCUAAAGCCGCUGCUGCAGAAGUGGCUCGAGGACGCGGACAGUAGCAUCUCCAACCCGGGCGGACGCAUCUUCAGCCCCGCCGCCCUCUCCAACACGAUGGCCACGCCGGAAACGAUGGGCCGGCGGCGCAAGAAGCGCACCUCGAUCGAAACGUCCGUCCGCGUGGCACUGGAGAAAGCGUUCCUCGUCAACUGCAAACCGACGAGCGAAGAGAUUUCCACCCUCGCCGACAACCUGUGCAUGGAGAAGGAGGUGGUGCGCGUGUGGUUCUGCAACCGGCGGCAGAAGGAGAAGCGAAUAAACCCACCGAACGGUAUGGACAGCCCGACGCACUCGUCCGCCAGUGGAGAGCUAUUCCCGGCCGGGCUCGUGCCCGGACUGUCCUCACCUUCGUCUGCCACAUCCGGUGGUGGUGGUGGUGGUGGUGGUGGUGGAGGACACCACUAUGCACCGCACCUAUCGCUCCAUCAUCACAGCGGGAGCAUCAAGCAGGAAUGACCGGUGGUGGUGGUCGAGCGAGCGCUUGGUUGGCCAUCCCCACCGUCCCCGCUGGAACGAGCGCCGCAGAGCUACCUGCACUGAAGCAGGGACCAGGAUUUCGGCUGCUACUGUGGAGGGGGGGGGAGGCAACAUAUCAACAGUAUCCCAACACAGAAGGUGUAAUAAAGAAGAGGGAGAGAGAGAGAGAGAAAAGUAGAAGCAAAGAAGGGUAGUAAGUAUAUAUAUAUACGAUAUUUGCAGGAUUAUGUGUAGUAUCUGUUUAGCUGGUAAGAUGCUCUUAGCGCUAAUAUAGUCACAGUUUGAGGUAGUAAUAGUAGUAGUAGUAAUAGUAGCUCCUGACGUAGGUGAUAAGGGUGUGAGAUACGAAUAGGGAACUCGAGCUGUGUGUGUGUGUGUGUGUGUGUGUAGCCCUGCUCAACAGGGGAGCUCUCAAGUACUACGGUAUACCAGGGUUAGCGGUACUACUGGUGAAGUGUACUCAAUGCUUUGCGAAUACGGAUGUGAAACAUUCCGUUCCAUCCGUUUCGACGACCAUUGCUGUUCUUUUCUCCUAGAUCAAAUACGUCAUGUACAUAAAGGAUCGUAUCAACCAGACAAGAAGCCAAGAACUCGUCACGAAUUUUCAAAAAAAAGAAAAAAGCUAAAAUAACACAAAUUUGUUUGCUUUUCCAAUGUCCAUUCCUCCCUGGUUGGGUUAGUUUGGGUUCCUUAUAAGAAAACACUACAUCGAUUACAUUCCAAUUGGUUUUCCCAUUAAAAGAGCUUCUUCCCUAUAGUAGGCUCUGAAGACAAGUAGCAGAGAAGCCUGGAGAGAUAGAGAAAGAGAGAGAGAGAUAUCCAAAGAACUUUAGUUUAUUACGACGCGGAAAUGCCGACGAACGUUUCGUACACUUGAAUACAAAGCUAGUUAAAAGACGAACAAUCCUUUAGAUUGGAUUUAGAGGAAGAUGUGUAACGAGUGAACGCAAACCUUAAUAUGGGAGAGAUACAUGUGUACCGCACGCUACUGCUGCUGUGUGUGUGUGCCUGUGUGUCGUCGCUAGAAAGAGGCUCUUGAGAAGUGAGAAAAGUCGGACGAGAAAAGAAAGGAACAAAGUGGAGAGUGGAGAGAGGUUGACUUUUAUCACUGCGUGCGUGUCUUCCAUUAUAUACGAACCCCCUUUCUCCCCCCGCUACCACCAGGCAAUAGAUGAGGAUUUUGCCCUCCCCCCAAAAUAUCAUCCCUCCCCCUUUCCAACCCCCCCCCUCUGAACGGAUUAAUGUUCCUAAAGAAACAUACACACAUAAGCCAGCAAAUAGCCAAGAAAUGGGAAGCUGACUUAGGAGCCGUAAGUGGGCUUGGCCAACUAAGCUAGUGUGUUAGAAACAAAAGCGAGCCAGCGCCGCAAGCUGUAAGAUGUGUAUUAUUGUUUGUGUAAGUAAAACAAAAUGGGAAAAGUUUAAGAAAAAAUACGAACAAGACACUCACACACACGCACAUACAUUUACAUAAACUGUAGAGUUUAGUGGAAAAUCAUCAAUCGUAUCACACACACACACAUAAAGCACAAACUGCCAAUGCGUGUGAUAUGGUUCAUCAUUUUCCCUAUGAUCGCCAGAAAACGAUCGAGAUCGAGUGUAGAUCGAAGGAAAGGAGGUGUGUGUGUGUGUGUGUGUGUGUGUGUGUGUGUGUGUUUGUGCGUGCUACUUGUAGAUAACAAUUUCAUGAGCAACGAAAUCUGGGGAAUCCUUUACUCCCUCACCCUUUUUUUGGGAAUGUAUGUUUGUUUGUGUGUGUGUAAAUCCCAAGGAAGGACAGACCAUAUCCACGUUAGACGAAGAGAAAAGAUAUUUAAUUUGUUACUAAAGUUAGCAAUCCGAGCGAUAAAAUGCGGGAUUUUUCCUCUUA